AUGGAUCAGUUUGCCAGUGAGUUAGAGCAAACUCUCGGCCAGGUCCUGAACCCGUCCAACCCCGGAGCCAUACGGCAGACCACCGAAACCUUGCGCACUGGCUUCUACAAGGCCCCAGAGUCUGUUCCGACCCUGAUUCACAUUCUUCAAAGUCACCCAGAGCCACAGAUGCGCCAGCUUGCUGGUGUUGAGGUGCGUAAAUUGAUCCCGCGUCACUGGGAGGGUCUUUCGAAUGCACCGGAGCUGCGUCAAUCGCUUUUGACAUCGACCACAGCCGAGCAGAACGACUUGGUUCGUCACACCUCUUCGCGCGUCAUUUCCAUGAUUGCCUCUGUUGAUAUGGAGCGAAAUGCUUGGCCAGAGCUGCUACCGACUUUGGUCCAGACUGCUCAGGCUUCUAAGAGCACUGACCGUGAAGUUGCCGUCUACAUCUUGUUCACUCUUUUCGAACAAGGCUCGAUUGAUGAGGAGACUCACUUGGCCCAGCUCAUGCAGCUGCUGGCUACCACAAUUUCUGAUCCUGAGUCUUUACAGGUCCGUGUCUCUUCGGUUCUUGCUCUAGGCAAGAUCGCUGAGUUGACCAGCAACCGUGACGUUGUGUCUCAGUUUGAGCAGGUCAUCCCUCCUAUGGUUGAUGUUUUACGUGCCACUGUUGCCAGUGGCGAUGAGAAGGGGGCGUCUCAGGUCUUUGAGGUUUUCACAGACCUUGUGCUCGAUGACCCGGCGCUUUUGGGCAACUCCUUUGCCGACUUGUUACAGCUCAUGGUCAGCGAGUUCGCCGUCCCCGAGUCGGUUGAUAUUGAACACCGCAACGCAGCCUUGCAGGUUGUUUAUAAUAUGGUUAGGUUCCGCCACAAAAAAAUUAUGGCUCUCAAAUACGGACCCACUAUCACCAAGGCUUGUCUUCACAUUCUGUCUAAUGCCGACGAUGAUGAAGACGACGACGAAGAUGACGACGAUAUUGCUCCUUCACACUUGAGUUUGCGUAUUCUAGAACUGCUGGCUUCUGAUUUGCCUCCUGCUCAGGUUCUCGCUCCUCUUUUCGAGGUCCUGCCCCAGCUGUUCUCUUCUGGCGAUCCUAAACAAGCCCGUGCCGGCUUUUUGGCUCUCAGCGUUAUGGUUGAAGGUGCUCCUGACUUUGUUUCAGGGGAAUUCGACACUAUUAUGAACUACGUUGUAGGAGGCCUGCAGUCCAACACUUCUGCUGUUCAGGUCGCUGCUUUGCAGGCUCUUGGCAUGCUUUCUCUCGAACUUUCCGACCAGGUCGGUGCUUUGCACGAGACUCUUUUGCCUCUUGUCUUUGGCAUUAUGGACGGUGCUACUUCUCUCAAGAUCGGUCGUGCUGCCUGUAUCGCACUUGAUGCUAUCAUCGAGGUCAUUGAUGGCGAGGUUAUUACCGAGAAGUAUUUGAGUGCUUUGGCCCCUAAGUUGCUGGACCUCAUUGACAACACUAAUGAUACCGAUCUCAAGAGCCGCGUCGUUGGUGCUUUGAGUUCUGCCGCCUUCACUUCUGGCCGUAAUUUCUUGCCGUACUUUGAGCGCACCAUCCACACUAUUUCCAAAUUCAUCGUUGUUCCAAAGCCCGGUGAGCAGCUUGAUGCUGAUGUCCUGAAGCUUUGCGGCACCACUUUGGAUGCUCUUGGAACCAUGUGUGCUGCUGUUGGCAAACAAAACUUUGCUCCUUACCUGAACUCGGCAAUGGAUGCCGUUGGAGUUUACCUAUCCAGCGAUAUUAGCGAGCUCCGUGAUCCUUCGUUCGUUUUCAUCAGCGUUGUUGUUAAGGUUUAUCGUGGCGAGGUAUCUCGUUAUAUGGAUGGUGUCCUUAAGGCUAUUUUCGACACAUUCGAUCAGCUCGAGUUCGAGGAGACUGAUGGCGACGAUAUGGCCAUUGGUGCUGAGGACGCGGAGGAUGCUUUGGACAACUUCAAGAUUAAUGGCGCCGUUGCCAUGGAGAAGGAGCUGGCAUGUGACUGCUUGGCCGAGAUUGCCCACAACAUGCCCCCUGCAGAUUUCGCCCCGCAUGUUCCUCGCACCCUCGACGCUCUUGAGGAGUUGUCUGAGCACUUUUACGAGGAGAUCCGCCGCAGCACCUUGCUGGCAAUGUGGCGCAUGUUUAUUGCAUACUAUGUUGGUGAUAAUGGCUCCAAGACUUGGAGCCCUGGUUACCCCUUCCAAGGCCAGCUUACUCCGGUCACUGGCACUAUUCUGAAGCGUAUCCAGAAGAUCACCAACCUUAUGUUUGGUGUUGAGGAUGAGUGCAAGGUCAUGCUUACUGCUUUCCAGUGCUUGACCGAUGCUAUCCGCACAUGUGGCCCUGUUGUUUUGGGCGACCAAGAGAACCUUGAAGUUUUGAUGACUGCUGUAUAUGAAGUUCUCGGCAAAACGCACCAAUGCUUACAGGAUGGCUUUGAUGAGGAAGGUGGCGAGCACGCUGAUGGUCCCGAAGAGCUCACCGAGCUUGAGGAGGCUGUUGCUGAGACUGCUAUGGAUGUAACUGUCCAGGUCGCCUCGGCCAUGGGACCCCAGUUCAUCCCUAUCUUCCCCAGCGUUGCCUCUAUUCUUGCCAAGUACAUUACGUCCAAGAGUGCUUCUGAGCGUGCAUUGGGUAUCGGCACCAUGGCCGAGCUUGUUGAGGUUCUUAAGGACAACGUCACUGAGUACACCGGUCAGCUCCUCGAGGUGUUUGUUGCUGGUCUUGACGACAAAAAGCUUGCUGUUCGCAGUGUCGGUGCAUUUGGUGUAGGCAUGCUUUGCUUCCAUUCUGGACAGACCGAUUUGACCAAGUCAAGCUACCCCACCAUUUUGCCUAAACUUCAGGGUCUUCUCAAGAAAGUUGACAAGGAGGAGAAACGUCGCGAGAAGUCUGCUGGCGGCGAGGAGGAGACCUACAACGACCAGCGCUCGCUUGCCAACGCUUGCGGUUGCGUUGCCCGCAUGGUUCUCAAGCACCCUGACGCAGUUCCUCUUGACCAGGUCGUUUCUGUGCUUCUUGAGCGUCUUCCUCUCAAGGAUGCGUUCGAGGAGAACUCUCCUAUCUUUAACCUUAUUCUGCAGCUUGCCCAGCAGCAGCACCCUGUUGUUGCCAGCCACAUCCAGGAUAUUCUGCGUUUGCUCGUAGCGUCCUUCACUGAGCAACAGGUCGUGGACCAGCGUUUGGCCGGCCGCUCUGUGGGCAACGGUUCGGACGUCGGGCCUCUCUCUGAUCCGGCUACUCGCGCCAAUGCCAUUGAGUUGGCCAAGUUCUUGGAACAGACCCAGCCUGGCGUCGCUUCAUCUCACCAGGUUCUUGCAGCUGUUCUUCACUAG